CUACAUCAUUGACAUCAGUGGCCAGGUGUGUUACACAAUAAUUUUGUGGAAGUGAUAUCAUUCAACUGACAUACAGAGACAGGAUCACUUGAGUACUACAGUAAAGUCGACACACAUUGUUACUCAAACCUGUUCUUGCCUUCCCAGGGUUUUGUCAUGGAUCAGGUGUGUUACCAGACGGGUCCCUGGUUGGGGCGAUAGGAGGGAGUGUUACAUUUAACAGAGCAUCAGCCCAGCCAUUUCUAACAUUACAAUGUAAAGUUAAUGGUACAACUAAUAUACAACUAAGAAUGUAGGCCGUCAUUGUAAAUAAGAAUUUGUUCUUAACUGACUUGCCUAGUUAAAUAAAGGUUAAAUAAAAUAAAAAAAAAUAAAAAAAUAAAAAAAAAUAUAUAUAUAUAUAUAUUCAACUAUAUAAGCAGUUCUGACACUUUAAACUCUGAAGAUAGAUACAGAGACAGAAUCAAUCUGGACAGCUCCUCAGGAUCCCUGGAGCUCAUGAAUCUUGUUCUGGCUGACAGUCGACAAUACACUGUGACCAUUAUAACACCUGAAGUUGUAUUAGUUGAUGGAAACACCAAACUA